AUGCAGAUCUUCGUACAAGCGCUUGAUCCUCUUUCAAUUGAGAAGAAGAAGCCUAGUGGCGCAAAGCCACCCGUCAUUUGUUACAUAUGCGGCCGUCAGUUUGGAUCAAUGAGCAUAGGAAUCCACGAGCCGAAAUGUCUUGAAAAAUUCCACAUGGCAAACAAUAAACUACCGAAAAGUCAACGGCGCCCCGAACCAAAAAGACCAACAGUUAUUCUGGAUGAAAGCGGAGCAGUCGAUGAGGAGGCCACAAACGAAGCCCGUUGGGAAAACGCUCAGGAUCUCCUGGUCCAGUGCGAGCAUUGCGGACGUCGAUUUGCUGAAGACCGGAUCCCCGUGCAUCAGCGCAGCUGUACAGCUGAGAACCCAGCAAAGCCUGUGGAUAAGCCGAAAAGGAAGAGCCGCUCACUUUCGAAGAAGCGCACUGGUUAG